CACACACACACACCCAAAGCACACUCAGAUGCAGCCUAGAAUUGAAGCAGAAAACACACAUCUGACUAUAGACUAUAAUCUACUUGAGUAAACAAAGUCUCACACUGAAGAAGUGCUAAAGACUGAAUCCUACAAAACUACCUAAGAACGGUUCACACAGCAUUACCAUCCGGCCUACCUGCUCGACUAUGACUACCAGGCAGUCAGUGAUGCUUCUGGUGGUGCUGGUCCUCUCCCUCCCAGGUCUUAUUCAUAGCUUUAAACCACUCUUCAACUCGAAUUCAUUCACCCACCGUGAAAUCACACGAACAGCAGUCCUUCGAAAGACAGCCGAGGUCUGCCGAGAUAUCGCUGCUUCUAAAGGACUGGACUUCAAUCUGAUUAUUGAUAACAACUUGUCAGCUGGCGAGGUGCAAAGGGCCUGUUCGUCUAUGGAUACCUUCACAUCUUUCGUUUCCACCAUCAAGUUUGAAACUGCCAUUGCUUCUAUGUACCUCAGCAAUGCAGCGGUGGAUGCGGUUUUUCUGCUGAGUGCAGCACGCCAUUUUGACGAUGAGACCUUCCAGGAAGGACGGGAUAUCAUCACUGAAGGUGCAUCUGUGGUGAAGGCGCAUGCUAAGAAAGAAAACUAUAUCCGAGGGAGGUGGUCUCUAGGGCAAAUCUGUCACACUCUACAGGACUUCUACAGCCACAGUAACUGGGUGGAGCUGGGAAAUAAAGCUCCAUACAGUGCUCUGAUCAGACCUGACCAACCUCUUAAGAACUUGGCAGGACAAAAUACUCCAACUUGCAGAAGUUGCGUAGGAGAGAACUGUACCAACAACAUUCUGCCUGAUGUGCUGAACCAGGGACUUCUGACAUCAGGCUACUUUAGCAUCAUCUCCUCAUCAAAACCUACAGGUAAAUGCAGUCACGGUGGAUCUGCUGAUAGCACAAGCAGGAGGGAUCCAGUGGGCGGGAUCAAUAAGGAUACACUUAAUUCCAGUCAUGGCUUCCGUCACAAUGAAGCAGCUAAUCUGGCUAUUCGUGCCACCAUGGAGCUUCUGGAGGACAUCAGAUUAGCAGCUGGAGACACAAACUUCACGAGACUGAUGGGCCUCUCCCAGUCUCCUGUGUUGUGUUUUGUCAUAGACACAACAGGAAGUAUGAGUGAUGACAUUGAUGAAGCAAAGAGGGUUUCUUUUGAGAUCAUUGACAGAAAAAGGGGAACAGGAGAGGAACCCUCUGGUUAUAUAUUGGUACCUUUCAAUGACCCAGAUUUUGGACCGAUAGUUAUGACAUCUAAUGCAGACAUCUUCAAAGGAAAGAUCAACAGUUUGACUGCGGAUGGAGGAGGAGAUGCCCCAGAAAUGGCCUUGUCUGGACUGCAGCUUGCACUGACAGCAGCUCCACCCUUCUCUGAGAUUUUUCUCUUCACUGAUGCUCCAGCUAAAGACGCCCACCUUAAAAACACCAUUAUUGCUCUUAUGGAGAGCACCAAAUCUCAGGUUACUUUCAUGCUCACAGGCUUUGCAGCAGUUCGACGUCGCCGCAGAACCUCUCAGGGUGUGGCUCCACGUGUAAUGGGUCGAUCUGCUGUCCAGUUAUACCAAGACCUAGCUCAAGCUUCUGGAGGUCAGGCGAUUCAGGUCACUAAGUCAGAACUCUCUCUGGCUACCAGUGUUAUAGUAGACUCAUCAGCCAGCGCUGUGGUGACAGUUUUUCAGGCAUCAAGGAAUCCUGGAAGGCCUGACAGUUUUAAUUUUACUGUUGAUAGCUCAUUACAGAACAUAACAGCUUACAUCACAGGAGACUCAGCUCUCACCUUCAGCCUCACCAGCUCCACAGGUGUAUCUCAGACUUCCAGUCAGUCCAGUGGGCCUUUGGCAUUUGUCACCACAGCAGGAAACUUGCGUCGUUUAAGCCUCAACACUGAUAAUGAAACGGGCCUAUGGCAACUCAGUGUUAGCUCAAAUAACCCUUACCUAGUUAAGGUUACAGGUCAAAGUUCAGUGGACUUCAUUUAUAACCUUGUCGAAGAGCACGAGGGAGCCCAUGGGGACUUCAGUGUAAAAGAAGGACGUCCUCUCUCAGGUGGUAAUACCAGCUUCUUGGUCACUGUGACAGGAAGUGACACAGUAAAGGUCACAGAAGUCACACUGUUUGACAGCUCAGGUCCGACAGAGGUCAAAGGAUCAUUGCAGUCAUUAGGAAGCAACGAUUUCCUGGUGACAUUUAGUGGAAUCCCAGCAGGUGAGUUUGUGCUUAUCCUGAAAGGAGAGGCCAGCAGCUCCACUUCCAGGUCCACUUCAAGCAGCUUCCAGAGACAAGCGUCCACACAGAUCAAGACCUCCAGCAUCUCUGUCACUGCCCAAGCCAAUAAUACCAAUAUCGAGCCGGGCACCACUAUCUCCAUCCCCUUCACAGUCGCCGCAACUGCUGAUGGAGUUAUAACUGACUCUACAACUGAGACAUUUACAGUGCGAGUCAGCAAUGACCGCAGUUACACUUCCACUUCACCCAGCAGUGUUACUACUGUAGCAGGCAGUGGUGGUAAAGCCAAUGGCACCGUGACCCUAACGGCUCCAUCCAGUGCUGCAUCAGGAUCAGACGUGACCCUCACCAUUGAGGGAGAAAACGCCGCUGCCACCGACAUCAACUAUGUAGUUCUCAGGUUUUCUGUGACUGCUAAGGUGACAGAUGUUAACCGCCCAGUUUGCCAGGUAGUCAACACAUCAACCUGUGAUUCCACUUCAUUGCUUUGUGCUUCCUCCCAGUGGGAGUUCAUUGCCAAUUUCACUGAUGGCAUCAAUGGAACUGGCAUUGAGAGUGUAACCAUCAGCCAAGGGAAUGGUACUCUGAAUAUGAGCACAGUGGUUGAAGCAGGGGGUGAGAAUAUUACCCUGGUUACCUACACUGCCUCCUGCUGCUCACCGAUUGUGGAGCUGACUGCUGUAGAUAGUGUAGGAAAUGUGGGGACAUGUGUGGGACAGGCUAGAGUGCUUACCACACCUCCUCCUACGACAAUGACCCCUGCAACUACAACAACCCCUGCAACUACAACGACCCCUGCAACUACAACGACCCCUGCAACUACAUCUGCAGUUCAAACAACAUCCACCGGAGGGUACACUUUGAACAUAUCAACCAUUGUUUGGCUCACUGUUGUGUUCUCUGUACUUUGGAAGUAAAAGAGAACAAAUGGAAAUUGCACUGUGUUUGUAAUUUGUGACAUAUGAGCCAAGUGACCCAUCUUUGAUUGCUGAGCUGAAAUGGCUAUGAAGCAACACACUGAGAAAAGUAUCUUUAAAUACUAACACCUUCUAUUACCCAGGCAUGUUUUUGUGUUUAAAUUGUAAACACUUUAAAUACAUCAACUUUUUGGCCUGUUAAUUUCUGUAAUUUCCUAGAAUAAAUUAUUAUGUAGUAAACAAGAUUAUAAAGUGAUUCCACUACAUAAAAUCAGCAUUAAUGUUCUCUCUUAUAUUUCUACAGUCAGUCUUUGCAUAGGUGGAAAUACAGUAUCAAAUUCUUUUCAACCUGUCCACUUAACGGAGCAAUUUCCUAGUUUCGAAAGCUGCUUUUUCAUUCCACAGUAUCAUGUAAACAGCCAUUACUUCCUUUUCUUACCUGCUCCUGGUAUCUCUUUCUUGUCUCUGAGAAGUCACCAAUCCAGACAUCGCUUUCUUUGUGUGUUACCACUGAAGAUUUGUAACAACCUACUGAAAUACAACAUUAUAUAUAUAAGAACACAUACAUAUAAAAAAAUGUUGACUUUAAUUAAAACGUAAAUAAAUGUGAUUUUAAUCAAUUUA